GUAAAUUUUUUUUUCUAUAGUAUUCGCAGCUGAGGCAAAUCCGAAGUGAAGUGUUGUCGAGUGGGAAAAUCAAACAAAAGGGAUUUCUCUCGUCGGCGUUAAUGGGGAUGAUGUCAUUAACGGAGCUUGAUGACGACACAGUGCGUAGCAUGUCAAUUGGCGCCGUCUUCUCCGAUUUUCAGGGUGAGAAGAUAAAUUCAAUUGAUUUCCACCGGACAAGUGAUCUGUUGGUCACAGCAAGUGCUGAUGAUUCAGUUCGGCUUUAUGACAUUGUCAAUGCCAAACUUCUGAAGACCACAUACCAUAAGAAACAUGGUGCUGAUCGUAUAUGCUUCACCCACCACACUAGCUCGGUGGUUUGUUCUUCAAAGUAUAACAUUGAUUCAACCGGAGAAUCCCUAAGAUAUCUUUCCAUGUAUGAUAAUCGCUGUCUUCGCUACUUCAAAGGCCAUACAGAAAGAGUUGUUUCCUUGUGCAUGUCACCAAUCAAUGAUAGUUUUAUGUCUGGUUCCCUUGACCACAGUGUAAGAAUAUGGGAUCUUCGAGUAAAUGCCUGCCAGGGGAUUUUACGUUUGCGUGGAAGACCAGCAGUUGCAUAUGACCAGCAAGGUCUUGUUUUUGCAGUUGCUAUGGAAGGAGGUGCUAUUAAAUUGUUUGAUUCACGCUCUUAUGACAAGGGUCCUUUCGAUACCUUUUUAGUUGGUGGAGAUAAUGCGGAAGUCUGUGAUAUAAAAUUCAGUAAUGACGGAAAAUCAAUGCUCUUGACAACCACGAAUAACAACGUUUAUGUUCUUGAUGCAUAUGCUGGAGAGAAGCGUUGUGGAUUUAGCUUAGAGCCUUCAAGUAACACUACAAUAGAAGCGACAUUCACUCCUGAUGGGCAGUAUGUUGUUGCAGGUUCAGCUGAUGGAAGCAUGCAUGCUUGGAACAUUAACAUGCGAAGUGAGGUAGCACGGUGGAGUAGUCAGAUUGGUGUUCCAUCCUGCCUGAAAUGGGCACCACGACGAGUAAUGUUUGUGGCAGCUUCUAGUGUUCUCACCUUCUGGAUACCUAACCAUGAGAAGAUCACUGGGGAAUCCAAUACCAAGGAUGCUGAUGCUGCAACUACUUUCCCACUGACUGCUAAUAGCAUGGGCGUAUAGGUCAAGUUAUGCCUUAGACAGUCCAGAGCAUUACAAAAAAAUCUAAUAGUAUGGUCAAGAACCUGGUUAGAGGUAACUAUAGAAAUUGCCGGAAGUGGACACAUGUACAUUACAUGCCAAUAUGAUUGUAUACAGUAUACCUAGUAUUGUAGCAUGUGAACUAAGAUCGACAAACAGUGAGUAUGAGAAACCUAAUCACUGUUUAGAGUAGUCCAACCGCUGCACUAAUAUACUUUUUGUUUUUAUUUAUUUUUUGA